GGCAGGGGGUGGCAACUCCCACGAUUUUUCGUGUUCUUCGUAUAGUUUGCUUGACUCUACUCAGAGUAGGUAGUGCUGUUGAAGCAAAUGUAAUAGACCAAUCGUGACCGAGGACGCCACAGCAUACCGCCACGCGUUGCCAUGUUGUAUUUUUCUGUUUCCUGAACAUUCGUGAGGAACUGAUUUUGUUUUUGUGAGGAAAUAUUAAGUUUGUUGAAAUAUAGUGCGCUUAUAAUUAAUAUUUUUGACAUCUAGUUUACAGAAACUUCCUAAUGGUUCGAAGUUGCUCUGUUUUGGGAUGUCCUUCCAUGGCUAAUUCGCCAAGUCAUAAGUUCCCGAAAAAUCCUGACCAGUUUAAGAUAUGGAAAGAAGUGAUAUGGUCACCAAAAAUUAGCGAUUUGAGCGAUAGUGCUUUACAUAAAUCUGCAGUGUGCUAUCGGCAUUUUAAAGACAGUGACUACCUUGUGGGAUAUAGCUCGCGUAAACUCAAAAAAAAUGUCGUACCAUCAUUAAAUUUACCUGAUGUCUAUCUUGUCUAUGAAGAAGGAGAUAAGUUUGUGAAGAAAAAAGUUAUGUCUCUAAACUCUGUUGAUGCCAUUGAAACAGUCUGUAAUAUGCAGGAUAAUGUUGUGUCUGUAAACUCUGUCGAUCCCAAUGAAACAGACUGUAAUACACAAAUGAGUGUAAAUGAAUCUAAUGCAAAUGAGGAGCUGUUGAAACCCACUAUGCCAAAGCAGCAACAGCUUGAAUCGUUGGAGAAAAACUCGAAGAAAGCAGAUCUAAAACCAAAGGCAAAAUCCUCCAUGGCAAAAUCAUUGAGAAGAAGACAGAUUUCCACUAUGAAAUACUCCAAGUAAUAGACAAUUCAAACUUUGAUGAUGUUUGAAAGUAUGCACCAAGGGUAUGCAAGAAAUUGUACCAUAUGCUUGCUAAAGAAAAAGCUCUAGCACAAUGAUAUAUACAAAGAAACCUUUUAAUUCCAUGCAAUAAUUUCUUGCAUUCUCUUGUAGUCCAUUCAUGAGUAAUAUUGUUAAAUUAGAAAUGGCAAAAUAAAGUAUUCCAAAACACAUGUUAAUCGUGGGUAGUCUACAGGGCCACACGUGCAGUCUGUUAAACAAUUGUUUUCAAUAAAGUUUAGAAACAACCACCUUCAGUAAUUGUAAAUAAUACUGUAGUAUUACUAUUAAGAUACUAUGAAAUAGAACCUUAAAGGGAUUACAAUAGUUUUCCUUCAAUUUUAAAUUUGUGUAUAUCAUUGGUGAACAAUAAAUCUAUUGCAAAUUGCUCGAUAUUGAA